AUGUUAUUCAGGCGCAUAUCUUCUCUGGCAGACCUCUUCACACAUCGCAGUUUUCUGCCUCGUUGCUCGCAGCACAUCGAGAAGCAGCAGCAGGUGCUGCAACAGCAGCAGCAACACCAGCAAAGACAGCAGCAGCAGAAUCAGCAGCGAGAGCAGCAGCACAAUCAGCAACAGCAACAGCAGCAGCAGCAGCGCGGUACCUUCCUGGUGCUGCACACCUUCGGUCUUCACCCUUAUGAAUUGGCAGUGUUAGACGAAGCAUUCUUCCGUAUCUUGCCGCAGCUGCAGCAGCAGCAGCAGCAGCAACAAGAGCAGCACCAGGAAGAGCAGCAGCAGCAGAAGCAGCAGAAGCAGCAGAAGCAGCAACCGAUAGCAGCCCUGCUGCUGCAUCAUCCUCCAUUUCUGAUUGAGCCGACAGAAGCCGCCCGCCGUGUUAAGAACAGCAGCAGCGCCAGCAGCAGCAACAGCAGCAGCAGCAACAGCAGCAGCAGCAGCAGCAGCAACAGCAGCAACAGGCCACAGUUUGGGAGUUGUUUUGUUUUUGGGAUAAGUGGAAAACCGCAGAAGCACGCAGCAGCUUCGGUCCUGAAAGCGUUGUGGCAGUACACGUCGCAGCAGCAGCAGCAGCAGCAGCAGCAGCAGCAGCAGCAGCAGCAGCAGCAUAAAUGUGCAGAGACGGAAGCAGCAGGUACGUCGUCGGGCGAAGCAGCUGCGUGUACAGCAGCAGAUGGAAAUGAAGCAGCAGCAGCAUCAAAAACAACACCAGCAGCAACAGCAGAAGCAGCAGCAGCAGCAGCAGCAGCAGCAGAUGUGGCAGUGCAUCCUUUAGUGCGGCGCUUUAGUGGUGGAGGCACGGUGGUGCUGGGAAAGGAGACAGCUGCAUGCGCUGCGCUGCUGCUGUCUCCUUCAUUUGCUGCUGUCUCUCCCUUUCCGAAGAGCCUCAUGGAGUACACCUUCAAAUUCUAUGCGGGGAUCACACCUGCUGCUGCUGCUGCUGCACCUGCUGCUGCUGCUGCUGGCCUAGCUGCUGCUGCACCGGCUGCUGCUGCUGCUGCUGCUGCUGCUGCUUUACCUGCUGCUGAGAGCAAAACAACGUUGGCUAUACAGAAGGGACCGGCAGCAAAAUACACUUCCACUGCAGCAGCAGCAGCAGCAGCAGCAGCAAGACCAACAAGAGCAGCAACAGCAGCAACAGUAGCAGCAGCAGCAAAAGCAGUGCGACGACCCUCUCUGAGGGCAGGUGUCUCCGCAUGCCGAUUGUCUGCUUCUCCUUUUAAUGAAUCCUUUGGGCUGGUGGAGGAUGACUUCGUGCUGCUAAAAGGAGACAGCAGCAACAGCAGCAGCAGCAGCAGCGGGUGUGCGCAGCAGCAGCAGCAGCACCUGAAGAUCGCAGGAAAUGCACAGGCUGUGUCUCGCAGGUGUUUGCUGCAGCACACUUCGUUUCUGUUGCAAGCUGAUGGAGACAUUGAAAAGCUGCUGCUGCUGCCGCAGCAGCAGCCAAGCUACAGACAGCAGAGACAGCAUACAGAUUUUCUCGUUCCUGCUGCUGCUGCGCUGCAGCAGCAGGUAACAGCUGCAUGCAGCAGCAAAGUUCUUCUGCAGCAGCCUCACGACUUCUUACUGGCGCUGCACCUGCUCGCGGAGCAAACCUGCCUAGCUAAAAAUCAGCAGCAGAAGCAGAAGCAGCAGCAGCAGCAGUGUAGCAGCACCAGCAGCAGCAGCAGCAGCAGCAGCAGCAGGAUUCAGUGGGAAGUGCAGCCGGCAGUGUUCGCAGCAGCAGCAGCACAGCCACCGCUGAGUUUCUUUAGGCGUAUUAGGCAAAUAAACAGACAGAGGCGAUCAGCAGCAGCAACAGCAGCAGCAACAGCAGCAGCAGAUCGUGGGGACAGCCGAGCGCUUGCAGACACAGAGCCCAGCAGCAGCAGCAGCAGCAGAAGCAGCACAGGAGCCGAUGAAAUGCAGCUUCUGUGUCUCUCCACGUCUCUUAUUCAAGAUCUUCUGCGCCGGCUUUCAACCCGCAGCAGCAGCAGCAGCAGCAGCAACAGCAGCAGCAGCAGCAGCAGCAGCAGCAACAGCAGCAACGGCAGCAGCAGCAGGACUCUGCGGAGUACUUGUUUAAUUGACCCAGAUGGGGAGGUGCUGCCGGAUGAGUUCUUCCGAGAUAUUCUUGAAGUCAAUAAUUUGCUGCCGCUGCAGCAGCAGCAGCAGCAGCAGCAGCAGCAGCAGCAGGAAUAA